AUGGCAUCCACGACGGGGGAGGAGACGAACGGGAGUGGUGAGGUCCCCAGACGGACCAUCACCCUUGGGUCCAACCCGGGACAAGUCGAUCCCUUGGAUCUGCCGUUCAGACAAGUCAACGAGAAUGCCAACAUGGAGGAAUUCACAACGGAGACCAGAACAGGGAACAUCAUCAAGCCAGUCCGAUCCAACGUGACGGGGAAGCUGGAAGACUACAAGCUGGUGACGUUCAAGAUUGACGACCCUGAGAAUCCCAAGAACUGGUCCAAAUUAAUGAAAUGGUAUUGCACCAUGGUUGUAGCCUUCGUGUGCUUCGUUGUCGCCUUCUGCAGUGCUGUCAUUACGGCUGGUCUCGAUGGUCCAACCAAGACUUUUCACAUUUCAAUGGAAGUUUCCCUGAUCCAAAUCACUGUCUUCGUCGUAGGUUUCGGAGUCGGACCAAUGGUGUUUGCCCCCCUGUCAGAGAUGCUGGGUCGCAGAAUCGUCUAUGGCGGCACCCUGCUGAUCGCCGUUAUUUUCGAGAUCCCAUGCGCCGUAGCACCAAAUAUCGGUACUCUCAUUGUCUGCCGAGCCAUCGACGGAAUUGCGUUCAGUGCGCCCAUGACCCUUGUCGGAGGUACAUUGGCAGAUCUCUGGAAGAACGAAGAACGAGGCGUUCCCAUGGCUGCUUUCAGUGCCGCCCCUUUCAUCGGACCAGCCAUCGGUCCUCUGGUCGGUGGUUUCCUGUACGAUGCGGCCGGCUGGAGAUGGCUGUACUGGAUCCAGCUGAUCUUGUCUGGAGUUUCCUGGGCCAUGAUCACCUUCACGGUUCCGGAAACAUACGCUCCAACUCUGCUCAAGAAGAGGGCCAAGAAGCUGCGAAAGCAGGAGAACGACCCGAAAUACGUGACCGAACAGGAGCUCGACGACCGGCCGCUGGGAGAGAAACUUCGGCUCUUUUUGAUCCGUCCGUUCCAACUGUUGUUUCUCGAGCCGAUUGUGCUGUUCAUCUCCAUAUACAUGUCCGUGCUCUACGGCUUGCUGUAUAUGUUCUUCGUCGCGUUCCCCCUCAUCUAUCAGGAGGGCAAAGGCUACUCUCCCGGUAUCACCGGUCUGAUGUUCAUUCCUUUGGCCAUCGGUGUCGUUUCGAGUGCCUUCUGCUCUCCUUUCGUCAAUAAGCAUUACUUGAAGCUUUGCGAGAAGUACGGUGGCAAACCACCCGCGGAAGUGCGCUUGAUUCCAAUGAUGUUCUCCUGCUGGUUCAUUCCUAUCGGACUAUUCAUCUUUGCCUGGACUUCUUAUCCACAUGUGCACUGGAUCGGUCCGGCCAUCGGCGGUUUCCCUGUUGGAUUCGGCUUCAUUUUCCUCUAUAACUCGGCGAACAACUAUCUCGUCGACACAUACCAGCACCAGGCCGCGUCUGCCCUUGCGGCAAAGACCUUUUUGCGGUCCAUGUGGGGUGCAGGCUGUGUGCUGUUCACGAUACAAAUGUACCACCGGCUCAACUACCAAUGGGCCAGCACACUGCUUGCCUUUAUUGCCCUGGCAUGCUGCGCCAUUCCGUAUGUCUUCUACUUCUAUGGCGCAUCGAUUCGCAAACAUUCCCAUUUCGCAUAUUCCGAGGACGAGGAGAACAAGGCCGUGCAGUUCGAUGGCGGACACUAG